GGUAUAUUGGCCAUAUACCACACCCCCUCGUGCAUUAUUUCUUAAAUAUAUAGAUAGAUUAUCAUUACAACUUCAUAGUGAUGUAUAAAAGUGGGGUGAUAGAGACAGUGAUCAAAAGCAGGGUGACUAAGAACCUAGUGGUUGUGACAGUCUUUCAUGCUGUAAUGUUUUGCAUAGCAACAGCCCCCCUCCCCACUCCAAUUUGCAGGGAUCCUCUGCAUUUUUCCUACUGAAAAAUAAAACGCAUCUUGUUUGUGAAACGUUAAAAAAUGUGUGCGUGAAACCAUUGUCCAUUAAUAUCACUGAGAUGGUUUCAUUUUCUGCGCGCCCCUUAUAUCGGGCGCGUUCUAUAGUGCGCGCUAUUUGGAGCUGGAAGGUUCGCUACAGUGUAGCACUGUGGCCAUGAAAUGGUUAAUAUUUUCUCCCGGAAAAGGGCGAAGUCUGCACAGCAACAAGCACUAUGAUUGCGUUGCACUGUGCGUCUCAGCAGCUGAACACCAUGGAGCUUCUAGAGGAGGACCUCACCUGCCCAAUUUGCUGCUGUCUCUUUGAGGACCCCCGAGUUCUGCCAUGCUCGCACAGCUUCUGCAAGAAGUGCUUGGAGGGGAUUCUGGAGGGGAACAACCGAGGACCCGUUUGGAGACCCCCAUUCAAAUGCCCCAGUUGCCGCAAGGAGACCCCUCAAAAUGGCAUAAACACCCUCCAGAUCAACUACUCGUUACGCGGAAUCGUGGAGAAAUACAACAAGAUCAGAGUUUUACCCAGGAUGGCCCUGUGCAAACAUCACAGUGGUCAACCGCUUAAUAUAUUUUGUGCCACAGACUUGAAACUUAUUUGUGGAUUUUGCGCAACAACUGGCGACCAUAAAGGACAUCAAUUCUGUGCCCUGGAAGACGCAUAUGAGCAGGAGAAAGCUGCAUUUGAGGAGCUGUUCCAGGGAGUCCAGAGCUGGCGCAGAGCAGAUACCCUAACCUGCCUGGAGACACUGGAAGCCAGUAAGAAAAAGGCACUCCAGCUGGUUUCCAGGGAUGCAGAGAAAGUAACAGACUAUUUCGUCAAACUGAUCAGCACCCUGGACCACAAAAAGAACGAGAUCCUCUCUGAUUUCGAGACGCUGAAGUUGGUGGUAAUGCAAGCCUACGACCCCGAGAUCAACAAACUAAGCGCUGCAUUGGAGGAGCAGAGGCGCGCGCUCAGCAUCGCUGAGUCCUUCAGGAAUGUGACCGACCCCCUCUGCUUCCUCCAGCAGAUGCAGGAGUUCAGGGAGAGGUUGCGCGUUGUCUGGGAAACGCCGCUCCCCUCCCAGAGAGACAUGGACGUCGGUCCCCUGGUCCGGAACUUCGACGUCAAAAACUGGGACUCAGUGAAGCUCAAAGAUGUGGACAAGCUCUCGGUCCCGCACGAGAGUAGCGCGUAUAGCUCAACGACCCGGCGUGUCGGCGGCAGAACACUGGGGAGAGUCAUCAUGAUUGUUGUGUGCCUGUUACUAUGCGUCCUGGUGCUUCUGCAGCCGGACAGCCUGACCGCGGUGUCAGCCCAAGUCUCCUUGCUCUGCCAUGCCUACCUGCCCGUGCUGGCUGGCUGGCUGGAGCUGGCUACCGGUGCGUGGCAGUGCUGGAGAGAAGUAGUGGAUGCCUGCGUUGCCUGGUGGGUUCGUGGCUGA